UGCGUCAAUUUAUAGAAAUCAGGGCAUAACCAAAAAAUAUAGGUAUAUGUAAAUUUGGAGUGUUAGCUAAUGAAAUCGUCAAGUGAAGAUGAUCGUAGCAGAACCGCGUGGUAGUAUCUUCCUGCUACGACCUGUGCAUGGCGGGCAAGACUGUAAACUUCAAUACACACUGUAACCUGUGCGACUCUUAUUUGGAGUCGUUGGCCAAAUGGCUGAGCUGCAACGGUGAGAUAUGGGGAGUGGGUCCGACGGCCGUGUUCGCCAGUGCCGCUGUCCUGUUCCUCUACAACGAGCUGGAGGCCACCAUCUACAUAACUGGAAACCAGGCGUCUGUGUCGCUUUUGGAAAAAACUCUCAUUUCCACCAUGGUGCUGGGAAUGCUGGCGCUGAUGAUACAUCUCUGGGUGUGCUCCAUGCGCUUCUUUCAAUACUACCUGGACACGCUCAUAAAAGAUAGUCCAAGUAUGCUGCUCGAGAUGACCACAGCUGGGCUGUUUGGGGGUCAAGGCGAUAUAGUACCCCUAGGUCCUCUCACCAGGUUCCUACGGCUGCAACAACCUCAGAUACACAUCACCGUGUGCUGGUUCCUAUCCUUAUGCUAUGCAGACUACGUCAGGAAGCACUAUUGUCAGAGAUUCAACAUACCAUAUUUGGAACAGUGGCAAGAGGAACUGCACGAGCGGGCCUCUCGCAGCGUCCACGUCACCAUGCAGAAGGUGAACAGCUUCGUCAGCUGCGUCCAGCGGCGGCUGCGAGGGCUCUCCCAACAGCAGCCCACCAGUGAAGCCCAAACUGAAAGCGCUUCGCCUCGGAACGCAAAGAACGCGUCAUCGGUGGAGAUCAGCGGAGCCGCCAGCAAGGUGUCAUGGGGCCACACAGUGCGCACCACCAGCGACUCCACACUCUCCUGCGGGAGACAAGGCCGGGAGCUGCGCGAGCGACUCAUCAGUCAGUCGAGCGAAACAACUGCUGAUGCUAUUGAGAAACUCAGAGCCUAUAUCGCAGCUACAAGGUGCUCCUGUUGCGGUCCACAGAACGCCGGCGUCUGUAGUACUCCCGGAUCAACUCUUAAGGAGACAAAGGAGCUUUGAGGAUUUUCCAUGGAGACACAUGGCCGUAUUGCCAUUCGACUGAUAAUGUUAAUAAUAAAAAUAUU